AAAAUAAUAUAAGAUAUUAAAAUGAACAAAAUCUAUUGUUGAUAUACAUUUAGACCAAUAAUUAUCUUUUGGGAAAAAAAAAAAAAAACACAACUAUUUUUAUUGGAUUUGAAUGCUACAUAGGAACAGAAGGCAUUGUUCAGUUAGGUAUUUUUAAAAAUUCAGAGAUGGGUAUUGUUAGAAUAUAAAAUAGUUUUGUUGUCAUUAGCAGUAUAAUGCACUAAUAGCUGAUUUAUUUUAAGGUUAUGAUCAAUUUCUCUAUAAAACAGGGAUCAUCACUGGAGGAUAUUUUGCUUUAUCAAGCAUGGAAUACUGCAUACAAUAUAGACAUCAAAAUCAGUGAAUGAUGUCUAAAAUGCUGAUAGCUCAUGAAAUUAGAAACAGAAAGGAAAUACUUGUUUUUCAUAAUUUUGAAGGUGUUAGGCUUACAAUUCUUGAGAAAGAAGCAAGAAAUGAUUCCCUAUGCUUUUUAAUUCCUCUUUUUUUUUUUUUUUUAAUACCUAAAGUAGGUGCUAGAGGUUAGUACAGCAGGGUAAUGGGGAACUGUGAUCAAAAUUAAAUUUCCUCUUUUUCCACUCCCUCAAAUAUCCUUUCAUUUUAACUGAGGUGGCAAGUUUUAUUAACUAGGAAGUACUCGCUUUCCUAAAAAAACUGCAUUAUUCACCAUGGUCCAGGCUGGCAAAGAAGGGUCUUGCACUUGCCAGUCCCUUCUAUGAGGAAAAAGUGUCUGACUUAUUUGUUUCUGUGUUAGUUCAGAAGGCCCCAGGAUAUGGAACAGAACUACAAGGAAAAAAGGUGCAACAUGGAGAAAGAGCUAUUUUCCUUAAUGGGACCUGGUAGAAAUGAGUUAAAGCUCAUUUGCAGUCUGACAUGAUAGCUUCUGUUAUACAGCUUUCACUCCACCUAACCUAGCACAGUCAAGGCAAAGAGCAGCACAGGAGGAUUAAGUGCACUGGCAAGUGACCGAAAUUCACUGCUGGAGCACAGGGCACAGCCGUGGCCUAUUGCAAUACUUGCCAGCAGUGUUCAGACUGGGAUUUUCUAUUUUAGCUGGUUUUACCAACUUGUAAGUCCUGCUCACCUUUAAAGAAUUCCACCUUCUGGCACACUGCCACUCAGCAAGAGGGAGACUUCAUUGUGUGAUUUCAGUCUUAAAUUGAUUCAGAAUCAGUGUUCACUUGUAGUCUGUUACCUGGAAUUUCAUGUCAUGUUUUUUUUUUUGUUGUUUUUUCAGACAAGCUGCUGCUAGUUUAACUGUUAACUCGCAGAGUCAACAAAAUAAGUCAUCUUUGGAUUGCAGUCUGCUAUGUGUAGUUAACAAGAGAAGACACAAAAAUAGUGAUAAUAUGAUCCAAAGGGAUAUCGAGCCUUUAUUUAAAAUUUGUAAAUACUCAACUAUUGUCAACACUUCAUUUGAAGUAGGAAUGGGCAAAAAAUGCAUUAUUUUUUGGCACAUGGUUGGACAACAUUGAUCAUUUGCGAUACCUAUAGCAUAUGAAAGUGUUAGACCAGUUUCUGGAUGCUGGGGAAGUAACGAAUGCGUGCUUGAAUGAAAGGAAAGCUUAAGGCCUACAGUUCAAAAAACACAUAUAUUGCCCCCUGACAUUUGUGCACAACCAAUUGAGAUGUCAAUUUCAGUCAUAUGGAAAAGCAGAAGAUGCUAUGUACAGAAGCAGAUGUAUGGCAGCUCCAAGCCAUAACGGUUUUCCAGCAUGGCCUUACUCCUUCAGAUAUUUAUAAAGCUCUGAAACUCUAAGACCUUCAACAAUUCUGAUAGGAACAGAACAGUGCUGAGAGCUCUAUAUGACAGAAAUAGACUGAAGUCUCUCUGUUUUUCAACAAUCUGCAGCUAAGUAUCUAAUUUUAUAAAAAUGAACUUGAAAAACACGUAGACCUUCUGAAUAAAGUUGUUCCAAGUCUAAAACAUUUAUUAUUAAAGUAAAGCAUGAAUAUCAAAAGGCUUGGUCAACAGCAGAAAUACUGUGUACCUAUAUCCCAGAUUCCUUGUAGGGUACAUAUGCAUAUAUUUAUAUAAAAUAUUUCUAUACCUGGGAUAUCUGUGUACAUUUAAAAGCCUGUAGCUCUUGAAAGGAUACAACAAGAUUGUCAUGGGUGGUACUAAUAAUAUAUUGAAAAUCUCAGUGAAUGGAAAUUCCGAAUAUAUUUUCUUUUUCAUAGUGUUGACCACUUUGCAUAAAUGUAUAUAGGACAGUAGGAGCGUAUUGCAUACUCUGCAUGUAUUUAGAUUUAAAGCUGAAUUUUAAUGUAGAACUAAAAGAAAGGACUGGAAGUAUGCACUGAAUAUAGAUGGUCUUAGAGGAAUCACAAAAUUAUGAGAAUUGUGAUAAAUGAUAAUUUCAACUUUUCUGUUUUAGAAAAAAAUACAUUUUCUAAGGCAAAAUCUUUUUUUUUAAUUUAAAGACACACACAAAAAAAGCAAAAAACGUGAUGACAGCAACAAAGCAUACUGCUUACUUCUGUGGUUUUCUGACUUCCUCCCAGCAGGCAAUUUAUACAUUUGAGUAAUCUACAUGUACAAGCAAGUUAGCUGCGGGGAAGCUCAAUUUUUAGAAUAUUUUAGAGACAAAAAUACUGAAGUUCUCAUUCUUCACUAAUGAAGAUCCUGAUUUUUUUUCAAGGUCACAGAUACCAGAAACAGUGCUUGUAUGAACAAAUCCUUGCAGUGGCAUUGCAGAGUAUUCAGGCAAGAGGAUGUCAUCUGCUAGCAUUCCACUCUAAGAUGAAAAAUUCAUUUUUCCCUUUUGCUCUAGAAAUUGAAAUUAAAAAAAAAAAAAAAAAAAAACAACAAAAUACUGUGUAGCUUCAGGCAGGGUUCCUCUUUGGGGGAAAUUAUCAAUUAUCUGCAGAUUUUUGGUUGUUUUAUACUUGUCGUCAGCAUAACUGUAGUUUUACAGAGUAGAGUUUUCAGGACUGUGUAUCUUCAGAUGAAGAUAUUUGUCCUACUUGGCAUACUGUCAAAGCUUGUUAAUGUGUUUCUGUUGUGUUUAAGAUUGCAUAGGCAAAGCACAGGAGAACAGUUGGAGUAAAAGCAAGAAUAUACUGUGACAAAUAUUCUCAAACUUACACUUAUUCAGCUCUAGUACAAAUAAAAUGCAAAUCUGUAUUUGCUGUAUCUAAUGCAGUUAUAUUUAAGAACAACUUUUCACUUGCUUACAAAGUCAGUAGCCUCAGAUAAUGCUUGUUGUUUUGUGUUCAUUGUAUUAACCUCCAACAUUUAGAAUCUGCAUACACAUUUUUUGUCCUGAGUGUGAGAACCAUGGAGUAUCUUUUGAUAUAUAUCUAUCACAGUAGAAAUGUCUAGUGGUAUUGACUGUGUCUAAGCAGCAUUUAAUCUUGUUUUUGUAUACUAGGGAAUCUCUUUUCCUCGUGUCCUAAAUAAGCCCAUUACCAUUCCCCCAUUCCCAUUUCCUUUUAAAAAAGAUUAAAGUUUUCCUGAGCUGUGCUUAGGGCAUUAAAGAUUUUUUUUUUUCCCUCAGAUGCUGAUUACUUUGUUAACACAUAAAGUGAAUAGAAAGUUUGUUGUUUAGAAAGGAAAUUUGCAAUGGAAUGUUUCUCUAUGUUUCUUUCAAAACUUUAGCAUUGUGGGUUGUUUUUUUUUCCUUUUCUACUUUAAACUUCAUUUUUUGAGAUGACAGUCUUCUAAAGGCAUAGUUUUCUGCUUAUGAAGAACUUGCUUCUGACAACUUCUUGGUAAUUCCAGGUAAAGUGUUCACAGGUAGGCCAAUAGUUGUAUACAGAACGAAGAAUGGAACUCACCCAACUGGUAAAGGGGAUCUCUGGCUAAUCAGCACUCAUCAGGAAGCAGUGUAGGUCCAAAAGAUGUUCUUCUUCCAGUGGCUGACCCUUACAUGAGCCCAUCACUGUGGCUGAUCCAUGCCCCCUGGGUCAGCCACACUCCUUCACUAAGCUUCUCUGGCAAACUUGAAGUUUUAAAAAUGAGUGGCUUUGAUUUCCUUCCAGGUAGAAAAACAUUCAGAUGCCUUCCUAUGGAAUAUUAGCUGUACAUUAUUGUGAACAAACUGUUGAAACAUUGAACAUCUUCAGGUAUAUUCCAUAGUCUAGAAACAUCAGAGUAUAAGAUGUCCCACACAAGGGUGAGGCAGAACUGGAUACAGUACCCCAGAAGUGGUCUCACCGGUGCUGAGGGGAGGGGAAGGAUCUCCUACUAUCACAUGCUGGAAACAAGAAGGCAGCUGAACCCACAUCUCUCAGGUGAGAAACCAGGACCAGAGCAAGACGAGGUUAAGCUGCAGAAUGCCAGCAAGCAGAUAGUGCAGACUGCUAUCCUCCAAGCUGUGCAGCAAGUUUCUCGGGAGAACCAACAAAAGGAGAAGCGAACAAACAGCAGCAUGAGCCUCCAGCUAGAAAGAGGAAAGUUAACCAAGAAGCAUGAAAAAAAGUAAAGGAGCAGCUUGUUCGUAUUGAUCCUUCCGUCUGCCAUGAUUUCAGCCUUCUCUUUAGUAUCAGCUGUACUGCUAGCGCCAUGCUACUGUUGUGAAGCAAACCAAAGUAUAAUCAACACCUAGACAUAGAGUAAAGCUGCAAUAGUCUUCAGCUGAAAAAUAUUAAGUGCAUUAGAUGACUAACUCCAUAUUUACGCAGUGCCUCAUAAAAGAAACAAUAACCAUAGCUGUAAGGGUAGUUUCAAGCACAAGGUUUAUUGUAUGGACAUAUUUUCCAAAGCAUGUUGUCAGUGCACUUCCCUGUCAGUUCUACGUGCAAUGUUGCUUCCAGGCCAGCUGGUCAGACUCUGUCUUACCGGGUUCACUGAAGCUGUCUUCACAGAAGAAACAGUUUACUAUUGUGUGUAGCAGAAUGCUCUCAGGCUGCUUUGAGAUAUGAGAUUGUCAUUUGUUUUGAUUAACCAUGGAUGUGUAAAAUGGAUUUGGCAAGUUUCAAGAACCAUUCUCUUUUUUUUUUUUCAUCCUGGAAAAAAGAAAAGCAUCCACUAUGACUUUGCAGCAACUAUGGUCUAUGUCUGUGAACAUAGAUCUGUGAUGUUUGUCUCUUUUUGUAAGAAGUUAAAAUAAGUACUGAAAUUUUGGUCCACUUAUUUGAAGUACCUUCUGAACUUCUGUACAAAAAUCACUUGUGCCUCAACCACUCCUUUUAAUUUUCUUGAUAUUGAAAGAAGAGAAACAGAUGUGCUGAUAUGGAGUUUGGUAGCUAUGAAAGUUUUGAAAGUUUGCUGUGACUUGUUUUACAGAAAUGAAUACUGAAGUGGCUUCACGAAAAAAGAUUUUGACUUUAUUAAUAUUUGAAGAAUGGAAAUACACUGUGUCUGAAUUCUCUCAUGGUAGAGGUUUCUCACCUGCUGGGCAUAAAGUGACUUUAGAUAUUUGCAAUUGUCACAUAGAUUGACCUCAGAUAGCGCUGCUUUAUGCUGGUAAUGCAGAACUUAUCCUUUAACUACUCUAUAUAGCUGAAGAAAUCCAUUAUAUUUCUGAAAAUACACAUUAAAUAAAUGCAUCUUUAACUUUUAUGCUCCCUUACUGUAAUGAUGAUUGCACUAUUACACAGCUUAAGUGAAUAAUAGUUUAUUUCAUUCUGGAAAUGGCUUGUAGCUCUACUUCAUCUGAAUUCUUGUAGUAAUAUACCUAGAAAUAUAUUGGAAGCAGAUGCAAAGAAUCUGCAAAGUAAGAUACAAACUUUCAUAAUUGCUUUUCUACUCAGCAAGAUGUGUCUCAUAGUGACUUUUUGAUUUAAGUAAUUGGCUAUUACUACGCUCUACUACCUGUGUUAAUCAAUUUCAGGAUUCUUUCUCAUGGCUAGGGGCUUAGUCACAAAUAACCACAUACUGUAAUAUUGAGCCUCUUAAAUCUACUUGUGUAGUGAAAAUGCUAGUCACAGCUUGAACCAGUGACUGAGCAUCUGGUGGGAAGGCAGAGCCAACCCAGGGGAACUCAGGUGCAUGUAAUGCCCCUGAGUGAAAAGAAGGGGUAGAACCACGAUCCAUCCCUUCCCAGACCUCAUUUAGGGGUUGGUGAUGGGAGUGGGGGUAUCACUUGCUGGAGAUUUUUACAUACCUGAAGCCUUCUAAGAGUAAGCAGAUUCUUUUCUUUGUGUCCAUAGUUGGUGUAUUGGAACUUAUCUGCUGUAGCCUAGGUAUUUGCUACUGUGCUGUCAUUGUAAUGUUUUCUAUUGUACUGGUAUCACAGCUUGUGUUGUUUGGUUGUUUCUUUUAACAGCAUUGAGUUAUACCAGAAAAUGCUCCAGCUCACUCUUUAUUUCAUUUAAAAAUGCUAGGAUGAAUUCAAUGUGAAGUUGUUAAAAAUCCUUUAAUAAUUAGGACUUAACUAUAUUGCAAGUACACAGUUUGUUUGUUUCUCUAGGUUCUGGAUGGAUUCCUCAGCCAAGCAAGCUUUGAAAGAAGGAAAUAUUUGGUCUUGAAGCAUGUGUGUAUUUGUUGUAAUAGUUAUAUUUUUACUAUUAGCUUUUUCAUCAAUUGUCCUUCUGUUAGGCGAUAGCUCUUUUCUGAACACUCAUUGUGUCUUUGCUUUCUGAGAACCUAAGAAAGCUGUCUGCGAGUCAAGGUUCAAUUCUGAAGCUGAGGAGCAGGCAAGAGGAGUGGAUGAGGGAAAACAAGCCUCCUGAAGAGGCUUUGUGAUGCUAAAUGGUGUUUGCCUACAGUAAUGUAAGAGGGAGAACAACAGGACAACAAAAACACAACUUAUUUAGGAUUACUCUACUUUCUUUUUUUUUUUGCACAGAAACUUGCAAGACGUGUAUUUUUAUAUCUUUUUGGUACUUGCACCUUUCAUAGACUGGAAGAUUACAUGUCUAUAUUUUUUUCUUAAUCUCUAUGUUAUGCAAAUAAGUACUUAAAAAUAACAGUGGAUAUAGGCUUUUUGCUGUUACUUCGUAUGAACCUAUUCUACCCUCCUUCCACUGUGGUCUUCUGUAUUAUCUCUUUACUAUCCUAGCCCUUGUUACUCAACCAGUACCUUGUGCCCUUCAUUUCAGUGCUGUCAUAAGUCUCACAUCAUAGAGAAAGAAUGAUAGGAAGCCUCACAGAGCUGUGAGGUGGUUUGAUAGGAGACUAUCAAAAAAAACCCAAAUACUCUCGCAUAAAUAGCGUAGUUUUCCUUGAGACCCCAAUAAUGAAUUUCCUAUCUGUACUAUAUGUCUCUAAAUUAAGGCAUGCAUUUAGUAUCUCCUAUCUGUUGACAAAGGAUGUUCUGCACACGAUUUGCAUCUGAUGUACAUAGUUGAGAUCUAUACUGCAUGCGAGGAAAGCGGAUAAUUUUAGUAAAUUCAUGGGUAGAUCAUAUUUCUGGGAGAAAAACACAGACUAUAAAUUAUUACAGAUGUGAUGCAGAUUGGAUUACAAAUAAAGAAAUUUCAACACCUUA